AUGUAUUCGAUAAUCACUGGUGUCCUGUUUGCAGUUACUGCUAUCGGCUCCGCCAUCCCUAGCAGCCUGCGGACUCGGGAUAUUCCUGCUGGUGAGCUGACCCAGUUCAAGUUCUGGGUACAAUACGCCGCAGCUGCCUACUGCGAGGUCAACUACGCUGGCCAGGCUGGAUCCGAGUUGAAGUGCGCGGUUGGUAACUGCCCUCAAGUAGAGGCAUCUGGAGCCACCAUUCUUUACGACUUCUCCAACUCUACUCUCACCGAUACAUCUGGAUUCGUCGCUCGCGAUGACACAAAUAAAGCAAUUAUCCUCUCCAUCCGCGGUUCGUACUCUGUUCGCAACUGGAUCAGUGAUGUUGAAUUCCCAUACACCGACCCCGGCCUUUGCGAGGGCUGUGAAGCUGAAUUCGGUUUCUGGAACUCAUGGGAUGUAGUCCGCGAGCCGGUGACACAAAUCAUCCAUGAGGCCGUCGCCGCCCACCCUGACUACGAGCUGUUUGUUGUGGGCCACAGCUUGGGCGCUGCCGUCGCUACACUGGCUGCCGCAGACCUUCGUAUCCACGGACAUCUUGAGGCAACUCUGUAUGCAUUUGCCGCUCCUCGUGUUGCAAAUCUGGCGUUGGCAAAAGUUAUUACUGCCCAGGGCAAGAACUACCGUUUCACCCACACCAAGGACCCGGUCCCCAAGUUGCCUCUUCUUUCCAUGGGAUACGUGCACGUUAGCCCUGAAUACUGGAUCACAUCUGGAAACAAUGUGACUGUGACUACCGCUGAUGUUAAGGUCCUUGAUGGCGAGGUCAACUUCGACGGCAACACUGGGACUGGCUUUCCUUCUCUUUCCGACUUUGACGAUCACCACUGGUAUUUUGAGAAGGCUGAUGCGUGCAUUCCUCCCGGUACUCCUUGGAGAGUCUGA